UGUUAAUCGAGCCUGGAAUUUGGGUCUAGAGCUCGCCAGAUAUCUCGAAAAAUAGUCUCUUUAUAAAUCAGCUGGUGAACCGGGCUUCCCCUUUCAUGAUGAGCUUGACAUUGCCCGGCGAUGUUGUAUACAUGAUCCUGGACCUCCUCCGGGACGACAGAGACUAUAACAGCAUUUAUCAAUGUGCAAUUUCGUCCAAGUACCUGUGUGAGCCGGCCUUGGCUAUUCUGUACCAACUCUACGAUACGUCACCUGUGAUGGGCGGCGGGACCGAAGAGGAGCAAUUCAAAAUCCCCAGACCGGGGGCUUCGUUUGCUACUGCCCGGAGAGAAGAAGAUUCGACGAUUAGGAAAUGGGCUCUUAUGUGGCGCUCCAUAAUUUUAUCUACUUUUGACCAGACCUAUCUACCGUAUCACAGUUAUAUUCGGUACCUCGACCUAGGUGACCUGGAGAACCUACUGCGAGAAACCAGAUUCACCGGUAGGAUCAGAGAGGACUUUUUCUCUGGCGUAUUGCAAGAUGUCGUGUUUCGCGACUAUGAACCCAAAGGCAAUAAACGGCUUCGAUCGUCCGGAUAUCCUGAUCCGGUGUCCAUAGUUGUCAAGUUCGGUGGCGCAAUCGUGAAGAAGACAAAUACCAUCAGAGGACUGUUCUGCAAUGUCCCACCUGCUUCGCUCUCCGAGUGGAUCCAGGGAUUGCCUCACUUGCAGGUGUUGAGGAUCUGGUCAGGCGAAGCCCUUACACAGCAUGCGGGACAGGAGAUACGGAGUCAUUGUCCUAAUUUCAAGCGACUCACUGUGUACAGAUGGUCUAAUUAUCCACCACGUACUGCCGAGACUGACUCGGAGAUGUUUCUGAAUGAACUACGGCCGCAUACCUUGGAAUACUUUGAAGUGUUGAGCAAUUCACAGCUUGGGCCUCGUUCCAUCAGAGGAUUUGGCUGUCAUUUAACCUCACUAGAAGAGCUGAAACUGACGAGCCUCGGAAUCGACGCGAUUGCGGAGCUGGCCUCGCUGGGAGAAGCCCCAGCCUUGAAGGUCCUCGUUCUGACAGAUUCCAUCCCCACUGCACGCACCGAGAAAUUCUACGAGAUCAUCGCCAAACUUGCUCUUUGGAUCCGCAGCUGUCGAAGUCUAAGACGGCUCGAGCUCCGAAGAUUUGUCGACGACCCGGCUCUCUUGUCACAAGUACUCACAGAUGAAGGGCUUGCACUCACCACCCUCUCCCUUGCUGGUUAUGCCAUGAGUACAAGCCGCGCCUUCCACGAAGCUCUGGCCUGCCAAAAAUCCCUGCAAUACCUCUAUCUUCGUGGGGAGGGAAACGAAGUCGUGGAUGAAAACGAGGCGCUUGCUGAUGCGGUCGGCCAACUCUGCAACCUUCGCGAGCUGGAGCUCAAGGAUAUCUCCGACUUUUUCACAUCUGACCAAGUCAUGCUCCUCACACUUGGCCUGUAUGAAUUGCAGCGGCUAUGGAUUAGUGGUGAUUACUUUGAGGAUAGCGUCUGGAUUGCAUUCUUGUGCCUUCCAAAGCUGCAGAGCUUGGUCAUCCACGCCCUGAGCGAAUUCACAUCAACGGGGAUCAUCGAUUUCGUCUCCCAACUCGGCCCAGGGAGUAGGGGCAUGCAUUUGUCGAUCUUGAACGCGGUUACCGUCAUCACAGAGGAAUCUCAGGUGGUCAUUCGCGACAUCCUUAAAGAACGACUAGAUGGGACAUUCGAUUUUGGACUCGCGCGAGAGGAGUAUACCGAUGCGGAAUCAGACGAUCUAUCCGACUAAUUUGGCCAAUUUGGAUCGGCCUAAGGGAUCACGGACAUGGUUAGCAGUCUUGUAGCAAUUAACUAUGGGUCAGUUCCCAAUAAACAAUUACCUAGAACCAAUGAUGCCUCCAGGGCUGUGAUAUGGGUCGG